GACGUCUAAAAUCCUGAUCCUGCUCCAGUCAGCUGACCUGCCUGUCUGUCGUGACUCUCCAUCUGCUGGAAACACUGCAGGACUCUGGUAUUUCAUGAUUACCCGACACACAGGGACUCAGGAUGGAUUUCUCCAAGCUGCCUAAAAUCCGUGAUGAAGAGCGCGAGGGACAGUUCGGUUAUGUUCACGGCGUCUCUGGACCCGUGGUGACGGCCUCCAGCAUGGCAGGGGCUGCGAUGUAUGAGCUGGUGCGGGUGGGCCACAGUGAGCUGGUGGGGGAGAUUAUCCGGCUGGAGGGAGACAUGGCGACCAUCCAAGUCUACGAGGAGACCUCCGGAGUAUCUGUCGGAGACCCUGUGCUGCGGACUGGGAAGCCCCUCUCCGUGGAGCUGGGGCCGGGAAUCAUGGGAUCGAUCUUUGAUGGAAUCCAGCGCCCCCUGAAGGACAUUAACGACCUCACCCAGAGCAUCUACAUCCCUCGCGGAGUCAACGUGGGGGCGCUAAACCGAGACUCCAAAUGGCACUUUUCUCCCUCUCAGAGCCUGAGGGUUGGCAGUCACAUUACUGGAGGUGAUAUUUAUGGUUUGGUCUUGGAGAAUUCUCUUAUCAAACACAAGAUCAUGCUGCCCCCCCGCAGCAGGGGGACUGUCACCUACCUCGCACCACCAGGCAACUACGACGUCUCUGAUGUGGUGUUAGAGCUGGAGUUUGAAGGUGUGAAGGAGAAGUUCACCAUGGUGCAGGUGUGGCCGGUACGUCAGGUGCGUCCAGUUGCAGAGAAACUGCCAGCUAACCAUCCUCUACUGACCGGUCAGAGAGUUCUGGACGCUCUGUUCCCGUGUGUUCAGGGCGGAACCACAGCUAUCCCAGGAGCCUUUGGGUGUGGAAAGACGGUCAUCUCUCAGUCCCUCUCCAAAUACUCCAACAGUGAUGUCAUCAUCUAUGUCGGCUGCGGAGAGCGAGGGAAUGAAAUGUCUGAAGUGCUGCGAGAUUUCCCAGAGUUGACGAUGGAGGUGGACGGUAAGGUGGAGAGUAUAAUGAAGAGAACAGCGCUGGUGGCCAACACCUCCAACAUGCCUGUCGCAGCUCGAGAGGCCUCUAUUUACACAGGUAUCACUCUGUCGGAGUAUUUCAGAGAUAUGGGCUAUAAUGUAAGUAUGAUGGCGGACUCCACCUCCCGCUGGGCCGAGGCUCUGAGAGAAAUCUCUGGACGACUGGCCGAAAUGCCCGCAGACAGUGGCUAUCCUGCGUACCUGGGCGCCAGGCUGGCAUCGUUCUAUGAGCGAGCGGGCCGUGUGAAAUGCCUAGGCAACCCAGAGAGAGAGGGCAGCGUCAGCAUUGUAGGAGCUGUGUCGCCCCCUGGUGGUGAUUUCUCUGACCCUGUGACUUCAGCCACACUGGGCAUCGUGCAGGUGUUCUGGGGGUUAGAUAAGAAGCUGGCUCAGAGGAAACACUUCCCCUCAGUGAACUGGCUGAUCAGUUACAGUAAAUACACUCGCGCUCUGGAUGAGUAUUACGACAAGCACUUCCCUGAGUUCGUCCCUCUGCGCACCAAAGCCAAAGAAAUCCUGCAGGAGGAGGAGGACCUGGCCGAGAUCGUCCAGCUCGUCGGAAAGGCAUCUCUGGCAGAAACUGAUAAAAUCACUCUGGAAGUGGCCAAACUCAUCAAAGACGACUUCCUGCAGCAGAACGGAUACACACCUUACGACAGGUUCUGUCCGUUCUAUAAGACGGUGGGGAUCCUCUCUAACAUGAUAGCGUUCUAUGAUAUGGCUCGUCAUGCGGUGGAGACGACGGCUCAGAGCGAUAAUAAGAUCACCUGGGCGAUGAUCCGCGAGCACUUGGGCGAGAUUCUGUACCGGAUCAGCUCCAUGAAGUUUAAGGACCCAGUGAAGGAGGGUGAAGCGAAGAUUAAAGCAGAUUACGCUCAGCUGCUGGAGGACAUGCAGAACGCCUUCCGCACUCUGGAGGACUAGACCAUGACCACUUGACCUUUGACCUUCCUCGUGCUGUGCAGUGGAUAUUCCAGUGCUCCCCUGUGUGUGUGUGUGUGUGUGUGUGUGUGUGUGUGUGUGUGUGCAUAUGCCAUCUCUGGUUUACUGAUUUUAUAUUACUGAAAUACUUGAAAGCCAUAGCAAGAGCUCCAGUUAGUGUAUAGGAAUAUAUAUAUAUAUAUAUAUAUAU